UCGUUUUGGAAUAUCAGGACCCUGGGACUACAUCAAUAUAUCGUAUAUUCUAUUCCACUUGGAAGUCGCGAGAUAAAGAGCUCUUAUCUGAAGUUCUCCACAUGGCGAGACUCGGUAACCUCUCCAGUCACCUCCGAGCUUGUCAACGCAAACCCAUCCACAAUGGAAGUAGUGCAGAAAGAACACAGCCGGCUCCUCAAAAGAACCGAGGGCUCUCAGGGUAUCAAGAAUGUUCAGUCUGCAAUUGAUUCACUGCAGUCUGCUCGUGAUGCCAUAGCUGCUGAUCCAUCCAGAGCCUCUAUCACUCUAGCCACUCUUCAGAACUCGGUCAAAUCUUCCUUUGACUCUAUCAAUGACAGCCUGAAAGAGACUCACAGUGGCCUCAACAAGUACACUAAAUCUCUCGAUAAGCUUUUUAAAGACCGACCACUGCCUAGUACUGACGACGAUGGGCUCUCCGCACAAGAGAACCUCAUCAACCGCGCCAUCGCCAUGCAUCUCCUUCGCGAAGGUCAAUUCGGCGUGGCCGCCACCUUCCUCUCCGAAAUUGCCGAGCAAAAGACAAUAAGCCCAGUCUCCCCAAAUAGGCGUGAACCGACCAAUACAUCAGCCGCCCUGCUCGAUAAUGACGAAGUCCCUUCGACCGAGAUCCGGAAACAGUUCGCCUCAAUGUACUAUAUCCUACAACAACUACAAGAGAACAGGAACUUAUUACCUGCAAUCGAGUGGUCAAGGGAAAACCGCGAGGCGCUGGAAGCCAGAGGCAGUAACCUCGAAUUUGAGCUCUGCCGACUACAGUAUGUAUGGUUAUACCAUGGCGGAGCGAACAGCCAGGGAACCGGAAGCGGAUGGCUAGCUGCGCUCGAGUAUGCGCGACAGGAGUUCCAUGUCUUUGUGCCCCGAUAUUUGCGAGAAGUUCAGCAGCUAGUCGGCGCAAUGGCGUACUCGCCCAACCUCGGUGGAUCGCCAUAUGCAGCUCUUUUCAACAACACUUCGGCUUGGGAUGACGUAGCUCACUUCUUCACUCGCGAGUUCUGUUCCUUGUUGGGUCUUUCCGCAGAAUCGCCACUUUAUAUUGCUGCUACGGCUGGCGCCAUCGCUCUCCCGACAUUAUUGAAGCUACAGACCAUUAUGAAAUCGAAGCGCACGGAGUGGACAUCCGACAACGAGCUUCCGGUCGAAAUACCGCUCCCUCCUCAAUAUCUCUUCCAUUCUAUCUUUGUCUGUCCGGUGUCCAAGGAACAGGCGACCGAUGAGAACCCUCCUAUGAUGAUGCCAUGUGGACACGUUAUUGCGAACGAAUCGUUGAAACGCCUGGGUAAAGGUAACCGUUUCAAAUGCCCGUAUUGUCCCAGCGAAAGCCACCCCAAGGAAGCCAAGAAAGUAAUCCUAUAA